CCAGAAAAGAAGGGCAGCCUGUUUUUUUUUUCUGGCUGGGCAAGUCGAAUUUUGAAAUAGUCCACUUCCUUGUGUAAAUUUCCAUGACACCUCACUUUAUUAUACUUGCAAUUUUUUGAUAAGAUGUCACUAGUUACGUAAUAAUGCGAAAAGCUACCUUUUUCCAAAAGGGGUGACAUUAGUGUUAGUCAAAGAGAGAAUUUCAUGCAUAGCCAAUAUUCAGGUAUCACAAUCUGCAAGUCUAAUUUUCUUAAAUAAAUAAGAGUGCCAAGCUGACGAAUUAGUUAGUAAGAAGAUGUACAUUUAGAUUCAUAAAAGAAAUGCCCACUAAACAAACAUUUGGUUGACUGGAAAAUCAUCAUAAUAUAUAUGCCUUUUAAUUAACCUUCCCUUUGGCUUGUUUAGCACGGUAUGCUUGCUUUAUAUAGCGUCUGGAGACCAAGCAUGGAAGACCAGCAAGCAACCAAGUAUGAGAACGCCUCAUGGAGCGCUCCUCUUGCUCUUCAUCCUGGCGUGCCUCCGCGGUGCGUACUCCGGUGGCGGCCGGAGCCGCUUCACCUCCAUAAUCAGCUUCGGGGACUCGUACGCCGACACGGGUAACUUGGUCAUGUGGGCUGAUCCCGUCCUUCCGGGUCUACCACUCAAGAACCUCCCCUACGGCGAGACCUUCUUCGGCCACCCCACCGGACGAGCCACCGAUGGCCGACUGGUCCUGGACUUCAUCGCCGAGGCUUUGGGUCUGCCUUCCGUGCCGCCGUACCUCGCAAAGGGGAGCAACUUCUCCGCCGGAGUAAACUUCGCCGUGGUAGGAGCGCCGGCUCUGAACCUGACAUACCUGCAAGGACUGAACUUGACCGUGAACCCUCCGAUCAACAGCUCCCUCCACGAUCAGCUCGCGUGGUUCCAGAAACUCAAGCCUUCCCUCUGCAAGGGGCAAGGUACUGACUGCUUUGAGAGCUCCCUGUUUGUCAUGGGAGAGUUUGGAGGAAAUGACUACAUAAGCUUCCUUCUGUCCAACAGAACUGUUGAACAAGCCAGACCUUAUGUUCCUCAAAUUGUCGACAGCAUUUCCAGAGGCGUAGAGAGACUAGUCCAGCAUGGCGCAAAGUACAUCGUUGUGGCAGACAUCUUCCCAAUUGGCUGCCUACCGGGAGCGCUCACAAAGCUUGCUAACCCAAACAAGGUGGAGUAUGAUCGGCAUGGAUGCCUGAAGAGAGUGAAUAGGUUGGCCCGCUACCACAACUCUCUCCUCCGUCAACAGAUCAUGAUGCUCCGGUACAAGUACCCACAUACUAAGAUCAUUGUCGUGGAGUACUACAAACCCUUCCUUGCAUUUUUAGAUAUGCCAGAACAUUUUGGACUGAAUAGCAGCACAACCCUCCUCACCUGUUGUGGUGCAGGAGGCCCUCCUUAUAACUACGACUUCAACGCAGGGUGCGGCCUGCCGAGUGUGACAGCAUGCGCAAAUCCAUACCAAGCGCUUCAGUGGGAUGGUUUCCACCUUACGGAGUCCGCCUACAGGACCGUUGCCAAUGGUUGGCUCCAUGGCCCCUACGCCGAUCCACCAAUAAUGCACGUUGCACGCUAGUACACCCGUAGUUUGUUUCUUACUGGCCUAAAACGCCAUAUGUACUAGAGUUGAAAAUUCAGAUCCACGGGCAUGUGUAAAUUUCUGUCUCUAUAUGUAUUUGGCUUGGAACAGACAUCUAUUCAACUAAACUAGUGGGGCAACCCAUACAUUU